GUUUGCAGGUAAGCUGGGUGAAGAAGCUCAUUUGAACACUGGCUUUGGAGCCUAUUGCACUCUCUAACAGACGUACAAAUUCUGAAAGACUGAGGAUAUCCGUGGGGAGCCACUGAAAAACCCAGUCACUUAGGGGGGGACAGACCACAUACAGCUGCCAAGAUGUGUGACAUGGGGGGACUGGAUAACCUGGUGGCCAACACGGCCUACCUAAAAGCCCAGGGUGGUGAUGACAAGGAGAUGAAAAAGCGCCGUCGCAGCUUGGCUCUCCCCAAGCCGGAGCAAUGUGCUUCAGCACGAGCUACCCUUGAAAAGGACUUUACAUCGAUCUGUGAAAGGCAGCCUAUUGGUAAAAGGUUUUUCCGGGAAUUCCUUGCAAAUAAACCUGAGUAUAAGCUUGCUGUCGAUUUCCUGGAUGAGCUGUAUGACUGGGAUCUGGCUGAAGGUGCAACAAAAGACAAGGCGCGGCAAAACAUCAUGAACAAGUAUUGCAAGGCCGACUCCAAGAACUUCCUGACCUUUCUUACUGACGAGCCUGCUGACAAAUGCAAGAAUGUGACAGAUGCCACCUUUGAGGAGGUGAUGAAAAGCAAAGUCCAGGAUGGUGUACGAGAAUAUUUGAAGGGCAAACCCUUCACAGAUUACCAGGAGAGUCCAUUUUUUGAUAAAUUCCUCCAGUGGAAAGAGUAUGAGAAACAGCCCAUCAAUGAUAAAUAUUUUUAUGAGUUCAGAACUCUUGGCAAGGGAGGCUUCGGAGAGGUGUGUGCUGUUCAGGUGAAGAACACAGGCCAGAUGUAUGCCUGUAAGAAGUUGUGUAAAAAGCGACUGAAGAAGAAGAAGGGUGAGAAGAUGGCUCUGUUGGAGAAGAAGAUCUUGGAGAAGGUUAACAGCCUGUUUCUGGUCAACUUGGGCUAUGCCUAUGACAACAAGACCCACCUGUGCCUUGUUAUGACCCUGAUGAAUGGAGGAGACCUCAGGUACCACAUUUACCAUAUUGGCUAUGAUGGCAAGGGUGCGGACAAGGGCAUUGAGAAAAAGCGCAUCAUCCACUACACAGCGCAGAUCGCCACCGGCCUUCUUCAUCUGCACGAAAUGAAUAUCAUAUACCGUGACAUGAAGCCGGAGAACGUGUUGCUGGAUAGCCAAGGCCAGUGCAGACUUUCUGACUUGGGUCUGGCCAUAGAGAUGGAACCAACGAAGACCACCACCCAGAUGGCUGGUACUGGAGCGUACAUGGCCCCUGAGCUCCUGUCCAAAACUCCUUACAGGACAUCAGUGGACUGGUGGGCCCUGGGCUGCAGUAUCUACGAGAUGGUGGCAGGCUACACACCUUUCAAAGGUCCUGAAAGCAAGAAGGAGAAGGUGGAGAAGGAGGAGGUACAGCGCCGCAUUCUCAACGAGGAACCAAAGUGGGAGCACAAGUGCUUUGAUGCUGUCACCAAGGACAUCAUCGAGCAGUUCCUCAAGAAGAAAAUGGAAGAGCGCCUGGGCUUUAAAAACAACCUGGAGGAUCCCAGGAAGCACGAGUGGUUCAAGACCAUCAACUUCCCUCGUCUAGAGGCCGGGCUAGUGGAUCCCCCGUGGGUGCCCAAGCCCAACGUCGUCUACGCCAAGGACACCGAUGAGAUCGCCGAGUUCUCCGAGAUCAAGGGCAUCGUGUUUGACGCCAAUGACGAUAAAUUCUUCAAGGAGUUUAGCACAGGCGCUGUACCCAUUCAGUGGCAGCACGAGAUGAUUGACACUGGACUGUUUGACGAGCUCAACGAUCCCAACAGGAAAGAGGGUGGAGGAGGAGGCGGUGACGACAAAAAGUCCGGCACGUGUAUAUUGCUGUGAAAAGCCACACGUUUGAUACCCUGUACCAGUAAUAGCACUCAAUCACUUGUUUGUUUUCUAAGUCAGAUGCGCACCAACAUUGAUGUAAAAGAUGGAUCACGAAAGAGGCGAGUGCGAGCGUCUUUGUUGACAAAGAUGUUAACUCUUUUAAGGAGGCUCAAGGUUUAGAAACGCACAGCUUUCGAGGUAAGGUUCGGUAAAAAUAUGGAGGAUGUGAUGAGGUAUUUUGAGCACCAUCUCUCUGGUUAGCAGCUUCUCUUGUUCUUAGGUUGACUGCUAGGAGUCAUUUUUACAACCUUUUAAUUAAGGAUAGAUAGUUAGAUUAGUAAAUUAAAGGCCUUUGGGCCAUAAAUACUAUAUCACUUUAUGAAGAAACUGUCUAAGAUCAAGUCUGAGAAAAUACAGUUUCUCACAGUUUUUGCUGUAGAAUUUCAAUGCCAUUGCAUUCAAUUCAUUAGGCUUCAAACGAAUUGGCCCAAACACACGUGAAGAAAUAUCUUUUAGUACCUUCUAGUGGAUUGUUUGAAAGUUACAACAUUUUAUAGCACUCCCCCACCUUGUCACACCCUUUAUUGAUGCCAUCACACAGCCACACUGUUUCUACAGUGAAAAGUGAUUUGUUUUCAGCACAUGUGGAAGGGGAUAGUUUUAGUUUUUAAAAUUGAAAUGUUGUGAUCCCAAUUCUCAUACUUAAGUCUGAUCACGGCAUUUACGUCCGGGUUGGUUUUCCUUCCGCCCAGCAGCUUAGUUUUAUUAAAAGUAUACAUAUAAAUAUAUAUAAAAAAAGAAGCAGUUGUAUGUAAUGUAUAUAAAGAAAUAUAUCUAUGCACAGAGAGAAAAUCAAAGAUGUAAGUCAUCUUGAAUUUAGAAUUUAUUUUAAAGAAAAUUAUACUGAACACCUCGUCACUGAGUCCUGUUGUUGGUGCUAUGACGCUCAACUUAUAGUGAGAAAUGGAGGCGGGUUUAGCCCUGGGAUGCAUUGGAGAAAUAUGUACAGUAUAUGUUGUGAUCAUUUUAUGUGGACCCCAGGACGAGUAGCUGCUACAUAGUUGGCAGCAAAUGGGGAUCCGAAUAAAGGAAUGAGUGCAGAAACAGCAGGUAACCGCUGCAUGUAAAGGAGGAAGAUUUAGUAGGAGUUUGACAAUAAAUUCCUGUACCAGGAAUGUGCAGGUUGCCCUGUCCGCGGCCCUGAAACACUGUGAUGCUGCAGGGCUCUUUUAAAAAGACUCCACUAUUGUGGUCAUUAAGCUGAGUAUAUAGACUUGGGUUAGCUCCGAAGAAAAUCCUUGUUAUUCUUGUUUACUUCUCUCAGGGUAAUUAACUGCUUACGUUUUUAAAUUUCCAUAUAUAUAUUUCCAUAUGUAUAUAUAUAUAUAUAUAUAUAUAUAUAUAUAUAUAUAUUAUAUAAUAUAAUAUAUAAUAUAUAAAGUUUGGGGUCACUUACAAAUUUCCAUUCGACUCCAUUAUA